AUGCGGGCCCCGAGAAGCCGUGACGUGGCGAACUGGGUCCCUGGUGUUCUGGCUGUGGGCGCAGGUGUCUGCAACAACGUAGUAGAAAAGGGGUCUAUCGACUUGCGGUCGCUGCCACCGGAGUCGAUGCUGAAGCCGUUGGCCACGGAGUCAUUGCGCACCAAGUCAUCCUUGGUCGUCAGUGGAACGGGCCGCUCGAAGGAGACGGUUUACUGGAAUAACGAUUGCCGUUGUUUAACGCAAUUGUCGAUCACGCAGCAGGUGUUCCAGGACGUGGAUGACGCGAAGGUAAAGUUGAACGAAUUAUUGUCCGAAGAGGAGUGGAAGAACUUGAAGAGAAUUACUCAGGCGGAUUUGUGGAAGUGCAAGCUAGUCUAUGUGGAGCUUGCGGCCAUCAUUUCUUUGUUUGUCGAUUGUCCUUUUGGGCGCGUCACAGAAAGAGCGGAGAGGAACGUAAGUGAUUGGCUGCAAGGCGUCGGGGGAUUCAGGGUUCAGAACCACUGGAUCGCAGGCUGCCUUCUGCAGUGUGCCGGGGUCUCUACGAGGAAAAUAAUUGACUUUAUCGUCGAUACUUUGGGAUACAUACCCGCUAAGCGGCGGACCUCCUUGGAGUGUCUUGGCAAGGGAGACUUACGGUAUCCGACGAGGAGAACUGUGGGGGACACAAGGCAGUUGCUGCUCGAGCGAGAAAAGAUUUUGGCUGCGGCCCCGAUUACGGCCCGGCAAUUUGUAGAGCAGAUCUUUCCGAUGGUGAGCCCUUGCUUGAGUGAACUUCGAGCGGGAGUUCCUCGACAGGUGGGACCCAAGCGGAGAACCCAACGACCAAGAUCACCAGCGGUGUACCUCCCGAGAGCUGGCUGCUUACGCAAACCACGUGGGGGCGCUGCUGCCGCUGUGGCAUCUCUCAAAGACGCACCCAGGAAAGCGCGUAAACUGUUGGGUGAACGCGCGAAGAAGUUGCUCAGAAUUGGGGUAGAGGACUUCGAAGCGUGCAGCUUGGACUAUGUAGAGCUCGGCACAAUUGUGGAUCAGCGUGUUCGGGACGCCUUCGGUUAUGUGAGCAGGAGUGUUCUGGUUAACACCGCAGCCACCUUGGAGGAAAGCACCAGGUCGUCGCAUGUCAAUGGGUGGAUAGCAGGGUGCUUGUUGCAAUAUGCAGAGGUACCGGUUCUGGAUCUAGUUGACUUCUGCGUGCAAGAGCUGAAGUACGCGCCGUCAAUGCUCUCGAGGCUGGAGUGUCUGAAACACUCCAACGCUCGUUUCAGAGCAUGGCGGACAAAUGCUCGGAAUCCGAGAGCACGGCUCCAGGAACUUUUACGCGGUCUACAUGAGAAGAUCUCCCUGUCGCAGUUCAAGCGAUUGACGUCCUUGAACGUUGACGAACAAGCGAACUUCGUCUUUGCGAGCCACCAUCCCCCGUUCAGGUCGCUGGACGCUCUUGACUGCACACCAUCACCCCUACCACCCCCAAGUCGACCACCCCCAAGUCUAUCCUCCCCCAGUCCACCCGCUCUGAAAAGGACGAACGCGUCCAGGACGCCGGGUUCCCCUCCACAGACAAUGGACCCAAUCUUUACAACAGACCCAACUGUCCGUGACCGAGACCUCCUCGAUCCCGCCAUGAUGUACUGCCACCCAGAUGAUCUCAUUCAAUAUCUUAAGUGGGUAGAGUGGGACUAUUAUUAG